CCCCCGCUACUAUCCGCGGCCCAGAGAACUGCCGCUUGCCGCCAUUGACACGCACAGAUAAAACCCAAAGAAAGGCAAAGAGUCCUGCCCGGCACCGGCGCCGCGCGGGCCGAACCUGCGCCCGGGGAGGGGCGCGCAGAGGGCACCGGGCGCCCGGAGCCGGCGGCGCAGCACCAGCAUUGCGAGUGCCAGGAAGCCAGCGUGUCAGCAAGCUGAGAGGGAAACUGAGGCAAGAUGUCGGGUCGGAGCGGGAAGAAGAAAAUGUCCAAGCUGUCCCGGUCAGCCAGGGCCGGCGUCAUCUUCCCCGUGGGGAGAUUGAUGCGUUACCUGAAGAAAGGGACCUUCAAGUACCGGAUCAGCGUGGGCGCCCCGGUCUACAUGGCGGCAGUCAUCGAGUACCUGGCAGCGGAAAUCUUAGAACUGGCGGGGAAUGCCGCAAGGGACAACAAGAAGGCCCGGAUAGCCCCCAGACACAUCCUGCUGGCUGUGGCCAAUGACGAGGAGCUCAACCAGCUGCUCAAAGGAGUGACCAUCGCCAGCGGAGGUGUCCUGCCCAGAAUUCACCCCGAACUGCUGGCCAAAAAGCGAGGGACCAAAGGCAAGUCGGAAACUAUCCUCUCUCCACCCCCAGAGAAAAGAGGAAGGAAGGCCACGUCAGGCAAGAAGGGAGGCAAGAAGUCCAAGGCUGCCAAGCCACGGACGUCCAAAAAGUCCAAACCAAAGGACAGCGAUAAAGAAGGAACUUCAAAUUCCACCUCCGAAGAUGGGCCAGGGGAUGGAUUCACCAUCCUGUCUUCUAAGAGCCUUGUUCUAGGGCAGAAGCUGUCCCUGACCCAGAGUGACAUCAGCCAUAUUGGCUCCAUGAGAGUGGAGGGCAUUGUCCACCCAACCACAGCCGAAAUUGACCUCAAGGAAGAUAUAGGAAAAGCCCUGGAAAAGGCUGGGGGCAAAGAGUUCUUGGAAACAGUAAAGGAGCUUCGCAAAUCCCAAGGUCCUUUGGAAGUGGCUGAAGCCGCCGUCAGCCAAUCCAGUGGACUGGCAGCCAAAUUCGUCAUCCAUUGUCACAUCCCCCAGUGGGGCUCCGACAAAUGUGAAGAACAACUUGAAGAGACCAUCAAAAACUGCCUGUCAGCAGCCGAGGACAAGAAGCUAAAGUCGGUCGCCUUCCCGCCCUUUCCCAGUGGCAGAAACUGCUUUCCCAAACAGACGGCCGCCCAGGUGACCCUCAAGGCCAUCUCGGCCCACUUCGACGACUCCAGCGCGUCCUCCCUGAAGAACGUGUACUUCCUGCUCUUUGACAGCGAGAGCAUCGGCAUCUACGUGCAGGAGAUGGCCAAGCUGGACGCCAAGUAGCGGCUCCGGCAGGGUCGCGGGAGAGCCACGAGUCCCGAGAGCGGGGAAGGGAGCCGCAGGAGCAGAGGCGGCGGAGGGGGCAGGGCCGCGGGGCACCGGGAGGUGCCCUCCGCCACUUACUCUCCUUGCCAAGGGCCUCGUCUGCAUUUAACCAGGUCCCCACCAGGGGUUCCUUCCAUGUUUUCUCCCUGUUGUUUUAGGACUUUUUAAAAAACAAAAAAACAGACCUCGUUUUAGAUUUCUAGCAUCGACUUUUACACGCACUCACACACAAAAAAAAAAUCCUUUUACGAUUCUUAAAUCUCUCGCUCCUCCUUUAGCCAAGGGAAGGGGCGAGAGAGCGAGUCGGGCUCGGUGGCUCUGCGGCGGAGGCGGCAGACGUCCCGCUGGUGCUUUUCUGUUUCCGGGCCCCUCCCGGCCCCUCCCCCUAUGGUAUCUGUAACGACUCCUCAAGUUUUUGUUUUUUGUUUUUUGUUUUUUUUGCUUUGGGCUUUUUAUUUG